GAAUGUUGCUUAACUUUUCAAAGAUGAUACCACCACUGUUGUAUCAAUUGGCAAUUCUCUUACUUUGCCUAAGUCAGUGUGUUGUACUGCAAGAAUUUAAUGAAAAAAAUAUAAGAGAGGCUAAAAAACCCUUCAGGAUGGCUAAGAUUAAUUUGGUGUGGGAGAAAGCCUUGAAGCAAUUGUCUGAUCAGAAAUUGGUUAUUCUGAUGUCAGAACUCAAGAUUCAAGAUAAGCAGGAGCUCACAUUUAAGAAACACAAGGCAGAGGGAGGCGAUAAAGAUGGACAAAUGGAAGCUCGUCUAAGGAAAUCAUUACAAGAAAUAAUGUCGAAAUACAAGUUGGGUCAACCGCAAGGGGAUGAUGAAACAGUCGCAUUUAUUGAUUCAAACAAGCAGUCAUUGGAUGUUCUCUUCAAAGAUAAGAAACUCAACAAACUUUGGGCUAAAGCAGAACAGUCUGGCUUUACACAGGAAGAACUUAAAGUUUUAAAAGAUGAAUUCCAGCACCACCAAGACAAGAUUGAUCAGUACUAUGACUUGCUUCAGACUCAUAAGGAUUCUUCUAGUAAAAACAAUGAGCUACCAACCCUCGAUGACCUGGACAGCUUAGAAAGCAAUGAGAUUCCCACACCUGAAGGAAGUUCCAUCAACGAAAUCAGAGGCAAGAAUCGCGGUCUCAAGGACAGCUACCACAACUUACAUAAACUCGUGGCGCGAGGCGCAGAGAGCAAAGAGUUCAUCGAGCCUAAAGUAGCAGGCCUGUGGCGCCUGGCUGCGGCCGCAGACUUCACGCAGGAGGAGCUCGAGAGUCUGCAUACGGAGUUGCGUCACUACGAGAACCGCCUGCUGAAGGUGCGUCACCUGACGGGGCAGGUCUUGAAGCUGCACAAGCCUGCCGCCGACGACGAGGAGCAUCCAGACCACGACAUCAGACUUGAGCAGAAGCUCCUGCAGGUGAGCGAGAGCGAAGGUGAACGUCUGCUGCAGGAGCGUCUCGCCAAGCAGCGUCGCACCGUCGAGAAGCUGCACGAGGAUCUGGAGACGCGCAUUCUACAGCGGCACUCCGAGCUCUAGGAGCAUCCUUCUACCGGUGCCAACCUACAAUGCUUCUUGUAUUGUCAUUCAGAGCUCUAGGAGCAUCCUUUUUACUUGUGCUAUCCCUGCAAUGCUUCCUCUAGCGGCACUCCGAGCUCUAGGAGCAUCCUUCUACCGGUGCCAACCUGCAGUGCAUUUUGUACCGGCAAUUAGAGCUCUAGGAGCAUUCUUUUUACUUGUGCUAUCCCUGCAAUGCUUCCUCUAGCGGCACUCCGAGCUCUAGGAGCAUCCUUCUACCGGUGCCAACCUGCAGUGCAUUUUGUACCGGCAAUCAGAGCUCUAGGAGCAUUCUUUUUACUUGUGCUAUCCCUGCAAUGCUUCCAGUAGCGACAAUCUGAGCUCUAGGAGCAUCCUUCUACCGGUGCUAACCCGCAUUGCCUACUGAAGCGGCAUUCCGAGCUCUAGGAGCAACCUUCUACCUGUGCCAACCUGUAAUGCUUCUUGCAUCAGCAUUCAGAGCUCUAGGAGCAUCCUUUUUACUUGUGCUAUCCCUGCAAUGCUUACUGCAGCGGCACUCCGAGCUCUAGGAGAGCAACUUUCUUACUGGUGCUAAGCUGAAAUCUCUGUUGCACUUGUGUAACUACUCUGCUGUCCUUAUUCAGUUCCGUGCUCAUUGUGUUUCAUGCAUCAUUCUUGUACAAUUUUACACACUUUGGAAAGUCGGAGCAGCUGUCCUCUGAUGUCGUAGUAUUUUUUCUAUAAGUUCAUUAUUCAUUCCUAUGCGCCUAUUCCUUCUCCAUACUAUGGUAUUCGCUUCGAACUUCGUUCGCGAGUGAAUUCAACGAAUUAAUGACUGUUAAUCUUUAUAUCACGUCGCGCUUCCAUUUGACACGCUGAUUUUGUUGUAUGUGGAAAUCAUCUGAUGAAUAAGCACUCCUGGCGGGGCUAAGGCCUCAAGUGAGUUGAUUUGUACCAUGUCAAUUAACAUGGGCGAGAAGGACGAAAAUGAAUGUCGUUCAUAUGGGCAUUUCGAGUGACAAUUCUUCAGCUUAACAAACUAUGGGUCGCACCAUCAAACUCACUUACGUACACGUAACUGCCAAUUUAUCGUCUGUGAUUGGUGGGUUUAGCCUGGAAAACCGCCGGUGAUUGUCUGACGGAGUUAAGAACUCAUAAUUAUUUUUGUAUUUUCUGCGUCAGAGCUCAAACCGGGAACUUUUCUACGCUCAUGUUGGGAAUUUUCAUCGAUGCCUAAGUAGUCACGAACGAAUAUCUUCUGAGUUGGUGAAUAAUGUGUCCCUCAUUGUCAUUUAACAAUUGCGAUUGUUGAGCAUUAUGUGUAAAAUGUUUGUAUUGUCACUGCAGUACCUGCUUGCAUUGAGAAUCUCCUUAUAUAUGAACUUGUUAACAGCCCUGCGCCCACUAUUUUGAUAUGA